AUGCCACCCACCAAUUUGCUUAACCGACUGAAGCGUUACUAUGAUGCCAAUUCUGAAAAAGAUCUACCCAUCGUCUCGCCGAGUAUAGCUGCUUCUUUGUCGACCCUCUUUACCCUCGUCUACGUCCUGCCAUUCUACCUCUUCCCCUCGACCCGGCCGUCACCAAACCUCAAUCGUGAUGCUCCUACCGUGAUUCGUGCUCGAAUUCGCACCGUCUCCUUCGCUUGCUUCAUCAGCACACUCUCGACCAUCUACUUGAUCCACUACCAGUCCACCAAAACCGCUAACUCUGACAACUUUGUCUCCCUCGAAACCCUCCACCUCCUAGGCUACUGGCCCCUCUUUCAAAACUUCACCACAUCCCUACUCGACCCUCUCCUGCUAACCUCCAUACUCUUCCUCGGCCCCUUGUUCGAAAAACUCGUAGUCCAACAGUCCUACCGCCACUGGCUCACCGGCCCAGCCUCCCUACCUACCACCCUGCGCAGCAGCACUGGCUUCCGGAACUACGUCGCCGGACCCAUAACGGAAGAGAUCCUCUUCCGCUCGGUGAUCAUCCCCUUACAUCUCCUCGCCAGGAUUUCACCUACCAAGAUCGUUUUCCUAACCCCGCUCUACUUCGGAAUCGCACAUGUACACCAUUUCUAUGAGUUCACGCUCACACAUCCAUAUAUGUCGACUUUGCCUGCGCUGUUGAGGUCGCUGUUUCAGUUCACCUACACGACGCUGUUUGGGUGGUAUGCGGCAUUCGUGUACUUGAGGACUGGUUCGCUGAUCACAGUGAUUUUGAUGCAUAGUCUUUGUAAUUGGUGUGGGCUGCCGAGGUUCUGGGGGAGAGUCGCGGCAGGAGAGCCGAUUGGCCCACCUCCAGGAUUUGUGCGCGUUGAAGGUAGUGGCAAGGACGAUGACGAAACUGAUGUGGACGCCAUUCAUGUUGGAGGCGCAAGCCAAGUUCCAGGCCUUGCUUGGACCGUGGCAUACUAUUUGCUUCUGUCGAUUGGGGUCUACGGGUUCAAAGCCGGAUUAUGGAGAUUGACUGAGUCGAGCAAUGCUUUGGCGUCCUUCGGUGAAACAUAG